AUGAUGGGGAGGGAGAACCUCUUGAGCUCUAAGAAGAAAGUCAGAUGGUUCCUCGUUAGGAGACUCUUCUUCGCCCAGCCUUGUCCCAGUCUCAGGAUCCCUUACAGGUUUUUAAACAAAGGUCACAUAGUUCCACCUGCACGAAGUGGUCAUCGGUGCGUUGCAGAUAAUGCGAAUCUCUAUGUAUUUGGAGGCUAUAAUCCUGACUAUGAGGAGUCAGGAGGACCCGAGAAUGAAGAUUACCCACUUUUCCGUGAGCUCUGGCAGUAUCAUUUUGCCUCUGGUACAUGGCAACAGAUGGGGACAGAAGGCUUCAUGCCCAGGGAGCUAGCAUCCAUGUCAGUUGUUUUGCAUGGUAAUAACUUGCUGGUGUUUGGUGGAACCGGAGUUCCCUUUGGUGAGAGCAGUGGGAACGAUGUCCAUGUGUGCAAUGUUAAAUACAAGCGAUGGGCUCUGCUCAACUGUCGAGGGAAGAAACCAAACCGCAUAUAUGGACAGGCUAUGGUGAUUAUAAACGGCUACCUGUACAUAUUUGGCGGGACGACUGGUUAUGUUUACAACACCGACUUGCACCGAUUAGACCUUACGGCGCGUGAAUGGAUACAACUCAAACCAAAUAAUCCUCCUAACGAUUUGCCAGAAGAAAGGUAUCGACAUGAAAUAGCUCACGAUGGACAGAGGAUAUACAUAUUAGGAGGUGGAACGUCCUGGAGAGCUUAUCCAUUAGAUAAGCUUGUUGUUUGUUUUUCCAGAUACAUGUAUUACUUAGAGACAAAUACAUGGGAGGAAAUACAAACCAAACCACAUGAGAGAAAAGGCUUUCCAGCAGCCAGGAGAUGCCAUAGCUGUGUACAAAUAGGACAUGAUGUAUAUAUAUGCGGUGGGUACAAUGGUGAACUAAUACUUGGAGACCUCUGGAAGCUCAGUUUACAGACUUUCCAAUGGACGAAACUCCCUGCAGAAAUGCCAGAACCAGCCUACUUCCACUGUGCAGCAGUCACCCCGGCUGGCUGUAUGUACGUGCAUGGUGGGGUAGUAAAUAUCCAUGAGAACAAACGGACUGAUUCACUCUAUAAAAUCUGGCUUGUGGUACCCAGCUUGUUUGAACUCUGCUGGGAGAAACUACUAAAGAGCUUCCCUCAACUAACACAAUUCUCCACAAUCCAGUUGCUAAAUCUCGGACUUACACAAGGACUUAUCGAGAGGUUGAAGUGACGAGCGCUACGCGGUUUCAGAUAGAAGUAUGGAGAGGGCACCGCUCUGCAAUAUGGUGAUGGGGCAGUGUUGGAGGAAGCUGCUGGGAAGAAUUCUCCUGAUCAAGGCCUUAUCUGCCAUAAGUGUUGGAUCCCUCAAUUAUUUUUAAACGCUCUUUAUUUUUGAAAAACGUCUAGUUACUUUGUCGUAUGACAUGAAGCAGACUGACCCUCCUCCCUGUCUUCCCUUUCCACUGCCCCCCCC